AUGGAUGAGAAGCAGCCCUUCCUGGAGCAGACAGCCGGCGCUGAGCCGCCUCGACUUCGAGCUCAACGAACGCGAGCGCGACACACCAGGGGCCUCAUGCUGCUGACCAGCUUCCUGGCCUGCUUUGCCGUGAUUCACUACUCCUGGACCUCUCUACUGCUCCCUGCCUACCGCCACCACUGUGCACACCACCACCACCACCAUGACCACGGCCAGCGGUUCAGCUACGAGGGCGAGCACAUCAGCUGGGAGAAGUGCGGCGAGAUCAGCGGCCGGCCCGUCGAAUGCAGCACCAUCACGGUGCCCAUGGACCAGUUCAACGCCACCAACUCGGGCGACAAGGUCUUCACCGUGCCGCUGAUCCGCCUGCGCGGGAACAACGCCACCCAGAACCUGCUGCUGAACCCGGGCGGGCCCGGCGGCUCAGGCGCCGAGUUCCUCUUCCGCCGCGGCGACCAGCUGCACACCAUCGUCGGCGAGGGCUUCCACCUGCUGUCCUUCGACCCGCGCGGCAUCAACGGCUCAACCCCGAAGGCCCUGUGCUUCCCGGACCGCGAGACCCGCCGCAACCUCGCCGCGCCGACGCCGCUGCGCCUCAUCGAGGACAGCGGGCCCGGCUACGCCAACGCGCACAACUUUGUCCGCGCCUGCGCCGACACCAUGGGCGAGCACGGCCUGUACAUCAACACGCCGCAGACGGCGGCCGACAUGAACAGCAUCCUGGACGCGGUUGGACAGAAGGAUAUGGUCUACUGGGGCUUCAGCUACGGCACCCUUCUGGGGCAGACGUACGCCGGCCUGUUCCCGGAGCGGUCGCACCGCGUCAUCAUCGACGGCGUUGUGAACCAGUUCGACUGGUACGAGGAGCUCGCCAGCUCCGAGGACCUGUCCGACACGACCAAGGUGCUCGAGGGCUUCUUCAGCGAGUGUGUCAAGGCGGGCAAGGACUGCCCGCUGUCCUCGCUCGCCGACUCGGCCGACGAGCUGUGGGACAAGGUCCUGGGCCUCGCCGACAGCGUCUACGAGGAGCCGCUGAGCGUAUACAUCAACAACACCGAGUACGGGCUGCUCGACUACGCCAAGAUCCUCUUCGACGGCAUCUUCCCCGUCCUGUACAAGCCGGCCAACUGGUACCCCCUCGCCGACAAGCUCGCCCAGCUGCUGCAGGGCAACGCGACCGAGGCGUUCCUGGCCUACGGCAAGGGCGACCCCUGGGGCUUCGACGGCGACGCCAACGUCUUCGUGCAGUUCAACGACAUGCGCUCCGGGCCCAAGCACUGGCCGCAGGACCGCCAGUCGGCCCUGGAGAUCAUCGCGCCCGUCUUCAACUCGAGCCUGUUCGGCCCGGCCAUGUACGGCGGCUUCUACGCGCAGCAGCAGUGGCGCGUCCCGCGGACGCACACCUACGUGCCGCGCCGCGGGGUCGAGACGGCCCACCCGCUGCUGAUCCUGUCCACCACCUACGACCCCGUCUGCCCGCUCGUGUCGGCGCGGUCUGCCAACGAGGCGUUUGCGCGCUCGCAGAUUGUCGAGGUCAAGGGGUACGGCCACUGCUCUGUGGCUGUGGCGUCGUCGUGCCUCGCCAAGAAUGUCAGGGCGUUCUUGUACAAUGGCACGCUGCCUGAGGGGUACACGCAGUGCGAGGUCGACGGGCCUUACUUCGUGAAGCCUGACGAGGAUGGCAAGACCGUGUCUGCGCUCAAGCAGUUUGAUGACCCCGAGGAGGCGAGGAUCCACAUGGCGCAGCUGCAGCUUGCGAGGGACCCUGACUGGCCGGUCUGGUCACGUCGGUAA